AUGCUCUUCAAGCGCGUAUCAUUGUUAGCGUCGGCCGUUUGGCCGGCCAGCGUAUUUGCUGCGCCCGCUGUGGGAGGAGGGUCCCACGGUAACAGCACAUGUCGAAAAACAACUGUUGCAGUUUUAGGUGCAGGUGUUGCCGGAAUAACUGCAGCUCAAGCGCUCGCAAACCAGUCCAUCACUGAUUUCCUCAUCAUCGAGUACAACGAACAAAUCGGCGGUCGUAUGCGACACACUAAUUUCGGCUCUGACUCUAAUGGGAAUCCAUACCUUGUGGAGCUCGGCGCCAAUUGGAUAUCAGGAACAGGCACACCCGAUGGUCCUGAGAACCCAGUAUGGACGUUCUCUAAGCAGUCCAAUCUCUCCAGUACAUUCUCAAACCUCAGUUCCAUCGCCACUUACGACGAGACUGGAGCUGUCGAUUACAUGGACAUUCUCGAUGAAUACGAUAACUCAUGGUCCGUUUUCGAGCAGGCUGCAGGAAGAAUCUUGACCGAGAACCUGCAGGAUAAAAGCCAGCGUGCAGGUCUUUCGGAGAAUGGGUGGAAAACCCAGCGCGACGCCAAGCGCAAAACAGUGGAAUGGUGGAUGUUUGACUGGGAUGCAGCACAAACGCCUGAGGAAUCGAGCUAUGUCUUUGCUACCACCGCAUACAAUCUCACUUACUAUCAGUUCAAGGAUGAGGACUACUUCAGUAUCGAUCAGCGUGGCUUCAAUACAUGGCUCAAGCAUGAGGCUGCGAAAUUUUUACAGCCGAACGACCGCCGACUCCUCUUCAAUACAACGGUAAAGGGGAUUGAAUACUCCAAGUCUGGUGUCAAGAUCAACAACGAGGACGGCUCCUGCGUUGAAGCCGACUAUGCAAUCUGCACGUUUGCAUUGGGCGUGCUACAAGAAGAUGUCGUCGAGUUCACCCCAAAGCUUCCGGCCUGGAAGGAAUCCUCAAUCGCCACCUUUAAUAUGGGCACCUAUACCAAGAUCUUUCUGCAGUUCAACGAAACCUUCUGGCCUACAGAUAAGGAGUUCUUCCUGUAUGCGCACCCUACAACCCGCGGGUACUACCCACAGUGGCAGUCACUUUCAAUGGACGGCUUCUUCCCGGGCAGCAACAUCCUAAUGGGCACGGUAGUCGACGAACAGAGCUACCGGAUUGAGGCUCAAGACGACGAAACGACCAAGGCUGAGGUCAUGGAGGUCUUGCGUCAGAUGUUCCCUGAUGUCGACGUCCCAGAACCCACUGCUUUCAUGUACCCUCGCUGGACGUCGAACCCCUGGACAUAUGGCAGCUACUCCAACUGGCCCACCGGUACGACACUGGAGCAGCACCAGAACCUCCGUGCCAACGUUGAGAGGUUGUACUUUGCUGGCGAACAUACGUCUGCUGAGUACUUUGGCUUCCUGCAUGGGGCCUGGUUUGAGGGACAGGAAGCAGGGAAGCGCAUCGCUGGUAUGCUUGCGAAGGAAUGCUUGAACACGGAUAGUGGGUGCGGAGAGUACAAGAGCUAUGAGGUGCUGAGGGGUACGACUGAGAGAUCGGAGUACAAUGAUUUCAACGGCAUGGGUGCGGAUCCGUUCUUUGUUGCGGAGGUCGCUGAUGACAGUAGCGUUGUCACUCGUCGGAAGAGAUAG